AUGAGUUCCAUCUCGCAGCUUGACGGCACUUGCUCAGCCACAGGUUGCAACUCCGAUGGCCCUUCGGACGAGCCGUGCGACCAGUGCACAGCUGCCGUGCAGGUGCAGCUAUCGACCAGCACCCCCGAAAACAAGGCCGUCGUCGACACCAAUCUUGAGGCAGUUGCCGAGCCUUCUCCGAAAGAGCCUGAGCCUCUUCCCACAAAGGUCGGAGGUAUCUCUGGAGAGCCCGCGGGCAAGAAGCUCAAGACCAUCGCGAAACAGCUUAUGUUGAAGAAGACAAACUGUGUGUGGCUCUACAAUACACUGCACAAUCUGCCCCGCUUCUUGUUUAUGGUUUCCGUACUAAUGUCGUCCAGAUUUCGGAACCUCUUGAGCGGCUGCAACGAUCCGUUGAGCAAGCAGGGCUUCCGCGUGAGCUCAAGCGUGCGUGCCUUUGAAGCUUGA